AUGACUUUGGUCGCCAGAUUACUGCGGCCCACCACGCGCCUGCACUGCCGAUGCGACACGAGACCUUUUGUGGGGUUACGCAAUGGCCAGCUCAUUGCUAGUACCAGGUCGUACACUGCCGUAAACGCAGUGCCCGCUGCUCAGCUUCGAUUCGGGCAGCCGCUGCACGAGACACAUCCACACCUACUCAAGGCUGGGGAAGUGACACCAGGAAUCUCCGCAUUAGAGUACUACCAGCGUCGCGUCGCCCUUGCCAAAGACCUUGCGCCUAAUUCCGUUGCGAUCCUCGCCGCCAAUGAACUCAAGUUUGCUUCGGGUGCCGUCUUUUACAAGUUCCAUCAGGAUCCAGACUUUUUGUAUCUGACGGGCUUCAAGGAACAAGAUGCAGUGGCUGUUAUAGAGAAACAUGAGGAUGGAGAGCAUACAUUUCAUCUAUAUGUCAGGCCCAAGGACCCUAGUGCGGAGGCGUGGGAAGGCCCACGGUCGGGUGUUGAUGCUGCAGAAGACGUCUUCAACGCCGAUGUUAGUGGUAGCGUCUAUGACCUGCCUCGUCUUCUCCCGGAAAUCGUGAACCGCGUGCAGACCAUAUACACCGAUCUCCCACAAUCCCGGAUUUCGAAGAAUUUCCUUUCCCGCUAUCUUGCUGGCGCAGAACCCUCGCGGACCGGCGGCAUUUACAGUCCUCUUCGCGACUCUCCAGCAAACAUCAAACCCCUCCGUCCUCUUAUGAAUGAGCUUAGGGUCAUAAAGAGCGAGGCUGAAAUCGAGAACAUGCGUCACGCAGGUCAACACUCUGGGCGCGCCAUCACUGACGCAAUGCGGCAAUCCUUCACCGCAGAAAAGGACCUCGACUCUUUCCUCGACUACUGGUUCAAACAAGACAACUGCGACGGCCCAGCCUAUGUACCCGUCGUAGCCGGCGGCAUCAACGCAAACACAAUACACUACGUAUCCAACGACAUGCUGCUUAAACCCAACGACCUCGUUCUUGUAGACGCCGGUGCGCAGUACGGCGGAUAUGUAACCGAUAUCACACGCACCUGGCCUGUAUCCGGGAAAUUCAGCUCCGCCCAAAAAGACCUAUACAACCUACUCCUCUCCGUCCAAAGAACAUGUGUUUCGCUCUGCCGAGCCUCGUCAAACUUCACCCUCGAUCAACUUCACCACACAGCCACUAACGCCCUCGCCGCCGGCCUCAAAGACCUUGGCUUCGACAUGAAACCAAAUAGCAUCCAGACACUCUUCCCCCACCACGUCGGUCACUACGUCGGUCUAGACGUACAUGAUAGUCCUGGUCUUAGUAGAGACAGGAAAUUGGAAACGGGCAUGUGUAUUACGGUUGAGCCAGGAAUUUACGUACCGGAUGAUGAGCGGUGGCCUGCUUGGGCGCGCGGAAUUGGCAUGAGGAUUGAGGAUAGUGUUUGUGUAGACGAGGAGGGGCCAUAUGUACUUACUAUUGAGGCGGUUAAGGAGGUUGUGGAUAUUGAGGCGUUGAAGGGGUGA